CACUGAAUAAUAUGGUGGUCAUUAAAUCUAAGCCUAAAAAAAUUUUCUGGGCCUUAUAUAGAAAAUUGUUAAUAAUACCAAGCCACAUUGACAAAAGUGAUGAAAAAUUCUAUGCUGCAUCGUCUUGUUUGCCUCCAAAAUAAAAUGCUUCAUCGAAUAAAUAUUUCAGUGAUCAACUAGCCCAAGCGCACUUAGAAUGGUUGACCACUGCCACAUCUAUUGUACUGUGAGAUAAGACUCGAUUAGACUAUGUACUUCUAGGAAACAUAACAACAUUCUUGUGCGAUAAUCAUCAAGUGUCUCACUCGGUCCUGCACAAAUGCGUAAGAUAACACUGACUGACAAAUUUUUAACUGUUAGUUGAAUGCUAUUUUAUGUAGAGUGAGUAGUGAGCAGUCUGUUUUUCGUAUCUAUAUUAAGUUUUACUACAAGUUGUAAGUUUUGGUUUUCAAAAACAAGAAUAAAACAUGAAUAACAGUUCAACAUGGCAUAGAUCUGGCGCAAGUAUCAUUAGGUCAUCUCGUGUGAAAAAGAUGGUUGAAGCAGCUUUAUCACGACAAGAAAAUGUUCCUGGCCCAGAACAAAGUGAAAGAGUAACUGACUUCACAGUAUUGCAGAAUGUUCUGUCAGAGCGAAACGAGGACUUUCAGAAUCCAGAACAAAGUGAGACAGUAACUAACUUCACAGUAUUGCAGAAUGUUCUGCCAGAACGAAACCAGGAUUUUCAGAACCCAGAACAAAGUGAGACAGUAACUAACUUCACAGUAUUGCAGAAUGUUCUACCAGAACGAAACGAGGACUUUCAGAAUCCAGAACAAAGUGAGACAGUAACUAACUUCACAGUAUUGCAGAAUGUUCUGCCAGAACGAAACCAGGAUUUUCAGAACCCAGAACAAAGUGAGACAGUAACUAACUUCACAGUAUUGCAGAAUGUUCUACCAGAACGAAACGAGGACUUUCAGAAUCCAGAACAAAGUGAGACAGUAACUAACUUCACAGUAUUGCAGAAUGUUCUGCCAGAACUAAACCAGGAUUUUCAGAACCCAGAACAAAGUGAGACAGUAACUAACUUCACAGUAUUGCAGAAUGUUCUACCAGAACGAAACGAGGACUUUCAGAGCCCAGAACAAUGUAAAACAGUAACUGACUUCACAGUAUUGCAGAAUGUUUUGUCAGAGCGAAACGAGGACUUUCAGAACUCAGAACAACGCGAAACAGUGACUGACUUUACAGAAGGUUCAAAAGGAGCAGAUUCGGACCAAUCAUUUGUAAACCAAGAGCCUAGCGUAUCACAUACUAUUCAGGAGACAUCACAGUCUUCAUUAUCGUCAUGUUAUGUCUCCAACAGCGACAAAGACACAAACCAAAGACACAAACCAAUGAAAAUGUUGCUGUAACUACUGAAGAGAGCUCGAC